ACCUCGGAGGGAAAAUGAGUGGAAUAUUUUCGGUCUUUAGUAGCAUUUAAUAAGAAAAACUUAAGUGAAGAAUUGACAGCUUGGAGAAGUAUUGUAAUUAGAGUAAAGUUGGUUGUAUGGGGUAAUGCACAUUAUUUUGGAACUAAUUGUUUAAUCUUCAAGCGCUUGAGUACAGUUCGUGACGAAAAUGCAAGCAGAACAAAAGAAAAGCUUGUUUUCUCCAUGUAUUUAUUUAUUUGUUUGUUUCUACGCUCGUUUGAUUUCAUUAGCUAGCUAGUUCAUUUAGGUACAGGUAAGCAAAGCGCACUCCCAAAAUGGAAUGGCUAAAAAGUUUUGUUUUUUUUCGGCGUAAAGCUUCAAGGAACUUCGAUACACUGCCCAUUUACAAAAUGAACGGAAAUUGUACAAAACAUUGUUUUUCGUAUAUUUACCUCUAUCUGAAGAUGAUCUGAUAGUCUACUAAUCUUUACUUUGCCCAUUUGUGAGAGGGUAAAAUUUUUCACUGGCUUUUAGAGCUGUCAAAAUUGCUGGGUCUAGGUGAUGGAGAGUUCUUGCCACAGAUCUUCAUUGGGGUUCAGGUUUAAGAUUAGGCUACUCAGAGUUUGACAGAUUGAUAUCAGAAUAAUUACCAUUUUGAUAUUCAAAGACUAUAUAUAUUAGACAUUUUGUAUAAAUGUGUUACCAUCUAGUAUGUCUCCAUCAGUGCUGGUCUCGAUUGUCUGUGGAGAUAUACUUUGGAACAAUUCUCUGAUGUGCUGUUAUUUAAGUGACAUAAAAAUUGACAUAAACAUAUCGAACGUGUUGUCGUCUGAAAACUUGGCUAAUCGAAAAUAAUAGCAUCAUGAUUGAUAGCAGAGUAGUAAUAAAUUAUCUUCCACCAACACCAAAAAUCACACAUCUUAAAACAUUAAUGGGACAAACUGAAUAGGUCAGCUUUUAGAGAGAGAAAAAAAGAAUCAGCUUUUUAUGUUUGUUUUUAGAAACACCUGCUUGCGCGAACCUUGCAGUUGUAUUGUCCGGCUUCUGUUUGCAGGACCCUCGCGCUUUGUUAAUGUAGAGGAUUAAUAAUCUCGUAUUUUUCAUCAAAGUCUUGACGGUAGGGGGCACCAAAGAUAACGUUCCCUCUUCUCGGUCUAAAGUGACAGCAAAAGUGGGCAGGGAGAAAGACGUGUCCAAUUGGAUUGAGAACUCCCAACUCACCUGGGAAAUUACGGAACACGACCACGCAGUAGAUCUACGAAAUGAAGUUGCGGAGCUGAUUUUUUUAAAUUAAUAACACGGGAUACAAUGUAUACAACCGAACGCAGGCGCAUGAGCUUGCACGAAACCAGAAGGAAAGAUCCUGUCAGAGUAUCGGCGGGAAGUUUGUGGCAGGACCCUCUGGCUAUCGAACUCAGCGGCACGAAUAAGGGCUUAACUUCACCUCGCUGUCGCAGCCGAGUCUUAUCGGUGGUGUAUGUUGUUGCUGAAGACGCUUCGGUGCCACAAACUGAGGAAAAUCUUUCACUAAGGUGCCUUAAGGAAGCCUGCGCAGACUCGCAAGGGGAUCUUAAAACCAUCCCAUUUGAAUGUAUUGCGGUGGGUACAGCCAACAGUCUGGAUAGUUUCUACAAUGCAGAUGUUGCUGUUGUUGAGAUGAGCGAUUCCUUUCGCCAACCUUCCCUCUUUUAUCACCUCGGUGUGAGAGAGAGUUUCGGCAUGACUGACAAUAUUAUAUUGUACUGCAAUAAGCAAGAAAAUGAUCUUCAUGUUCUAAAGGAGCAAUGUGGGAGCUAUACUUUUAUACCAUACAUGGUGUCGCCUCAGGGAAAGGUUUUCUCUUGUGAUGCAACUCUAAUGUGGGGCAUUAAGGAGUUCUUGCAGCCUAGCUUUAGCAUUGAACCAUUGCUGACCCCUUUAGUGAACCAGCUGGUUAAGCUUUUGGAGAAUGUGCAAGUUCAUGCUAGCGAGUAUGUCCAUGAGUCCAUCCGGCGGGACAUCCGCAUGGCGCGGGAACGCUUCAGUGGUCAAGCCCUGAGCCAGGAGCUGGGCCACAUCCAGAAGCGCCUUGAUACGGUGGAGCUGCUCAGUCCCGACAUAGUCAUGAGCCUCCUCCUGUCCUACCGUGACAUCCAGGACUAUGAGUCCAUAAUUAAUCUUGUGGAAACCCUGAAUAACUUGCCCAUGUGCAUGGUGGCAACACAACCAAACAUCAAAUUUCAUUAUAUAUUUGCCCUCAACAGGAGGAAUCUUCCUGGCGACCGUGCAAAGGCCCUCUCAGUUAUUCUGCCCUUAGUGGGGUCCGGAGACCAGGUUGCAUCAGAUGUGUACUGCCUUUGUGGACGCAUUUACAAGGACAUGUUCAUGAGCUCUGGAUUCACAGACACGAGCAGCCGUGAUCAGGCCUGCCACUGGUACGGUAAGGCUUUCGAGAUGGAACCCUCUCUGCACUCAGGCAUCAACAACGUGGUCCUUCUCAUGGCUGCCGGCCAUGGGUUUGACACCUCUGUUGAGCUGCGCAAAAUUGGUGUCACUCUCAGCAGUCUACUUGGCAGGAAGGGAAGCCUGGAAAAGAUGCAGGACUACUGGGAUGUAGGUUUCUACCUCGGAGCUGGAAUUCUGGCCAAUGAGCACAAGAAAGUCAUAGAGGCCUCUGAGAAACUCUAUAGACUCAAAGCACCAAUGUGGUAUGUAGGAUCAGUGAUGGAGACAUAUAUUCUGUACAAGCAGUUUACCAGACCACCAGAGGUGAAGCAUCCUAAACAGGAGAUGGUGGACUUUUGGAUGGAGCUGAUGGUGCAAGCAUGCAAACCUACCAUAUCCACAGCGCACUGCCCUGUCCUUAUCCUGGAGCCAACCAAGGCAUUCCAGCCCAGUGUAGUGAGUGUGAGCGAGGAGGACGAGAGCCGCACAGUGCAGCUGAGACACGUUGCUCCAUUGAAGAAAGGCCUCUAUGAGUGGACUUUCCCUGCAUCAGCAAUCCGUGGCGUGAGUAUCUCUAAAUUUGAUGAGCGGAGCUGUUUUCUCUAUGUCCUGUAUAAUUCGGAUGAUUUCCAGCUGUGCUUUCCUAGUGAUCUGCACUGCAAACGAUUCUGUGAACUGGUGAACUCUCUGAUAUGUCAGGGAGAGUCUUCAGUGGAUGAACUUAGCCCUGCUAGUGGAGGAGUUUUGGAGCACAUGUAUGAGAAAGGGGAGAAUGGAGAGAAAGUGCUGCUCGGGAAAGGAACGUAUGGAGUGGUGUAUGCCGGCCGAGACCUGAGCAAUCAAGUGCGCAUUGCCAUCAAGGAGAUUCCGGAGAAAGACAGCACCUACUCCCAGCCACUCCAUGAGGAGAUAGCUCUCCACAAGAGGCUAAAGCACCGCAACAUUGUCCAGUACCUGGGCUCCAUCAGCGAGGAUGGCUUCAUCAAAAUUUUCAUGGAAGAGGUGCCAGGAGGAAGCCUGUCCUCUCUCUUACGAUCAAAAUGGGGUCCCCUUAAAGAUAAUGAGCCCACCAUUGUCUUCUACACCAAGCAGAUCCUUGAAGGACUCAGAUACCUUCAUGAUAAUCAGAUAGUUCAUAGAGAUAUCAAGGGUGACAACGUUCUGAUUAACACAUACAGUGGUGUACUCAAGAUUUCUGACUUUGGAACCUCUAAAAGACUAGCAGGAAUCAAUCCAUGUACAGAGACCUUUACAGGUACUCUGCAGUACAUGGCUCCAGAGAUUAUAGACAAGGGCCCACGGGGAUAUGGGAAGCCAGCUGAUAUCUGGUCCCUAGGCUGUACCAUUAUAGAAAUGGCCACUGGGAAAACACCCUUCCAUGAGCUUGGCAGCCCACAGGCAGCCAUGUUUAAGGUGGGCAUGUUUAAGAUCCACCCUACCGUGCCAGAGUGCAUGUCGGUGGAGGCCAAAACCUUCAUCAUGUGCUGCUUUGAGCCCAACCCAGACAAGAGGACCACUGCCUCUGAGCUGCUAAAAUAUGUCUUCCUUAAAGGCAGAAAACGAGCCAAGCUCCAGCCUUACUUAGCCGAGGUCGAAUCCAGCUCUGCUGGAGAGUACCACAGGAGCAUGUCUGUGCCCAUCGCUGUGUAUGUGGAGGACACAGAUGCUGAGAAGAUGGAGCUUUCCAGCUCUCUGGACCUGAGGAGUCCAAUUCACCACAUCAGAGGAAGUGAUGUUUCAGAGAGCCCUCCCAGCUUCCUACCGGUGUCAGGGGAGCAGCAGGUUGACUUAUCGAGUCCUUCUGUGACAGGAGAGCAGCUAGGCCUGUUCCUGCUGAGGAAGGACAGUGAGAGGAGAAACACCCUUCACAAAGUGCUUACUGACUACAUAGGCCAAGUAGUAUGUAACAUUCAGGACUCACUGCCACCGACUGAGGAACCCAGCAUCACCUCAGAGCAGAUCAAGCAGCUGAUAGGCUGCCUGUCUGAGAACAUCCGCUCCCCAGACAAGAAGCAGCUGACAACCCGACUCCUGAAGCUUCGCUCAAGCCUGCACACGGACGCAGUAGCCCUCGGCAGCCUGCAGGCGGUGCUCUUCAGCUUCCAGGAUGCUGUGAAGAGGGUGCUGCGGCAGCAGCAGGUGAAACCUCAUUGGAUGUUUGCUCUGGAUAACCUGCUGAGACAGGCUGUGCAGGAUGCCAUCACUGUUCUACUGCCAGAACUCAAGCUUCAGCUGCAGUCUUCCUUCGAGAUGGAGGAAGGCACUCCUAUCGAAACAGAGCAGCCCAGGGAAAAUGGCCAGGAAGCAUCUGCAGAGUCCCCUGCUGGGGACGGUGGCCCUGCCCAGCACCCAGAGGGGUCUGAAGGGCAGGCCACAAGUUCCAGACUGCCUGCCAGCCUCCUAAGCAGCUAUAGACCCCUGGCCCAGGAGUUUACCAAGUUACGCCAAGAAACCUGGAGAUUACUGACUCAGCUAAGUGAGAAGGAGAAGGAAUACCAGGAACUGCUCAGGGAUUCAGUGCAAAGUAAACAAGGGCAGAUAGAUAGCCUUAAGGAAAGGUCUGCACCAGAAACCAAUGAUAACAAGGUGGAAUGGUCGCAUGAUCAGACCCAGGCCCUGGUGCAGUGGCUGAAGGCUGUCCCAGUGGAUGAGCACACCAUAAGCACAGUCUUGGCUCAUGGCUUCACCCUGAAUGUCCUGCUCUACAUGGCCUGCAGGGAUGAUCUGAAGUAUUGUGGCAUCAAAGGUGGCAUGCUGUGUCGUAUGUGGAGAGCCAUCUUGAAACAGAGGAUGUCUCAUCUGAAUUCAGUGACUGAGGAAAGUGAAGAAAGCAUACUGUAACUGACAGAACUCAGCUAUCAUCCUGUGAGCUCAAUGAGCUUGAAACAUUUGUGCCUUUUGUCUGGCAUCAUUGUUUAUGUAUUUUCAUUUCAUUUGGGAUGGCUAUUAAUUUUGAUUUUGAGAUCAAAUGUGUGCCUUUUCUAAGAAGUUGAUGUAUAGAGUACUCAUAGGUCAUACUGGGAAGAUGUACUCUAAUAGGUAUUUGUUUCAAGUUUCACUCAGGAAAUUAAGCAGGCCUCAGAGCCUAAUAUCAGAACCAGUUGGGACCCUGUUUCUGCAAUUCCUGAUUUGGGAAUAUAAUGGGAGUCUGUAUAUUGAAUUUGGUCUUGGGAUUUAGAGCCAACAUAGUUUGAUAUGAACUAUUUCCAAAACAGUUCUAUCAACAUAUUAAAGUAAAAACUACAUCUUUUUCACAGAAAUAUGAAGUCCAAGUUCAGGCCAUAUGAUGUGGAGACAUAAGCAGUAAUGUUCAAGUGCAUUAUUGCCAUAGAAGUGUAGCAAAGUAAACAAAAGAAAUCUGCUAACGAAGCAAAAACUAGAGGUUUAUGUUUCCCUUUACAUUAUCCAACCAUUAAUGUUCAAUUUUCUUUUUAUGAGAUUUUUACUAUGGCGAUUCCAGGCAUAACUAAACAUCAGUACUUUCAGAGCAUAAAAUAAUGCUGCUGGUUUCACAAUAUAACAUUUCCAUUGUAUGUUACAUCUUAUUACUGUGUUAAAUGAAGGAAAGAAAACUUUACUGACAUUCUUAAAAAUGUACAUUUUUACAAUAAAUAAACUCAAAUAAUA